AAAUCGUGCGAACUUGACAUUUCCCUUCGCAGUCGAAGAAGCAGGUUUUCAUUAUAUCGAGGAGGUCUGGGUUUCUCUUUGGUACUGUUAUAUAACAUUUAUUUGGCAUCUCUGUUUUUAUUAUCGAGUCGCAGCCGUUGAAUUUGGAAUGGGUGAAGCGAGCGCCAGAUAUCAGCAGCUGUCCAAUGAGGAGGACCCAGAAGAAAGUCCACAGGUAGCUGCCGAUGCACCGCCCCCGUAUAGCAGCAUUACAGGUGAUGAUGCAGGUUACUUUGAUGAGAAGGAAGACGGGAUUUUCCCCAAACCUCCCUCAUACAACGUAGCAACAACACUUCCAUCCUAUGAUGAAGCAGAGAGAACAAAAGAUGAUGUGGCUGCUGUUCCCCUGGUAACUGGAAGAGAUGAUGACUUUGUAACCAGAGAUGAAUUUGACGAUACUGAUCAGAUGAGGAUAGGCAAUGACGGAAUCUUCAUGCUCACUUUCUUCAUGGCCUUCCUGUUCAACUGGAUCGGAUUCUUUCUGUCAUUCUGUCUGACCGCCUCAGUGGCCGGCCGUUAUGGGGCCAUCUCAGGUUUUGGACUCUCCAUCAUUAAAUGGAUCCUCAUAGUCAGGUUCUCCACAUACUUUCCUGGUUACUUUGAUGGACAGUACUGGCUGUGGUGGGUGUUUCUGGUGUUGGGGUCCUUGUUCUUCCUCAAAGGAGUCAUCAACUACGCCAGAGUCCGCAAGUUUGCCGAGUCCUACUCCACCAUGCCUCGCACCCGUGUCCUCCUCAUCUACUGAGUUCCGUUCUGUUUGUCAAUACUGUCACCAAGUUUUUCUCCUCUCCGAUCAAAGAGGGAGAAAAGGAAACCCUCCUCCCACCAACAUUAUUUGGACAAUACGCUGUUGUCCGCUUGUGGUGUAAAAAUGUUGACUGUAGAUAAUUCUGUAAAUCCUUCAGUUGCUUGUGGUGAACUGUUAAGUGCUAUCUGCAGUUUAUGAAAUGUGCAAUGUUAAUGUGUAAAAAAUGAUUGCCUUAUAUACUGUUUAAAUGUUGGUUGCAGCAGCAUGCAUUAUUCUGUUUGGCCAUCAGGGGGCAGUCUUGUUUUUGUUUAUACUCAGCCUGUCGAGAGAAGUGGUUCUUAACCCAGGGGUCAGUAGGUUAGGUAUUACAGGCUGAUUUAAACAUGAUCAGCGAUUUCUACACCUUGUUAAAUAAAAUACAAUUU